AUGGAGGCAAUCAUUACGGAGGAAGAAGGAUUGGGAGUGGAAAUAUCAAAAACUCUGUCAUUUCCAAUGUUAAGCGAUUUGUGCUUAAGCGAUUUGGGAGGUUUGACGUCCUUCUCUAGCGAAAAAGGUUCACUAGAAGAUCGAAGUCGGGACCGCAUCCAAUCACGCUCCAGUGCCCUCUUCAAUCGAGAGGUUUCAUUUCCAUUCUUGGAGUCCUUGACAAUAGAACGACUUCCCAAUUUAAAUGAGCUAUGGAGCAAUGAAUCUCCACUAGAGUCGAGCAAUCUCCGAUCUCUCAAAGUGGUGCGGUGCGAUUCUCUCUCAAAGGUUAUCAGCUCCAGAUCGUUGGUAAAGCUCUGCAAGUUGCAAACUUUAAGUAUCAAUGAUUGCAGUUUGGUGCAAGAAAUUUUUUACCUUGAAGGACCAAGCGCCAAUGGAGAUGUUGAGACUCUGUCAGAGUUAACCACCUUGGAAUUGAAUAAGUUGGGGAGCUUGAGGUGCAUAUGGAACAAGAAUCCUAGUGGAAUAGUGAGUUUCCAUAAAUUAAAGAAGUUUGAGUUGGAUGGCUAUGACAACCUCGAGUUUAUAUUUUUUCCAUCCAUGGUGAAAUCUCUCGCACAACCGAGAGAUCUAACGGUAUCAAAUUGCAAAAAGAUGGAGACGAUCAUCGCGGAGGAAGAAGGGCUGGGAAUGGAAAUAUCAAAAACUUCGGCAUUCUCAAUGUUAACCAAUUUACGCUUAAAUCAUUUGGAAAGCUUGAAGUGCUUCUCUCGCAGAAAGUGUUCACAAGAAGCUCGGAGUCGGGACUGUGUCAACUCACACUUUGCUACACUCUUCAGUGGAGAGGUUGCUUUGCCUAGCUUGGAGACAUUAUAUGUCACCGGCAUGGAUAGCAUCGAGAUGAUAUGGGACAAUCAAGCUGUUGUGGAAUCUUUCCCCAAGCUAAAAUCACUUUUCGUGGAUGGAUGCAACAAGCUUGUCACCAUUGUUCCUCCUUUCCUUCCGGGACAGCUCAAGAGCCUGGAAAGUUUAAAGGCAAAAGCAUGUGGUUCGCUUGAAGUCGUUUUCGAACUUCAGCCACUAAUUCCUCUAGAUGGGCAUCCCAUUGCUCUUCCGUUAAGAGAUUUGGCGGUAUCGGGAUUACCAAAGCUAAAGUGUGUGUGGGAUAAGGAAGUUCACCGUCAAGUUGAAUUCCAGCGUCUACGUUACGUUAGCAUUUCCGAAUGCAAUAGCCUCACCUCUCUGUUUCCAGCGUUGAUAUUUAGAGAUCUAACCCAACUUGAAGAGUUGGAGAUCCGUGAAUGUGGCAUUGCAGAACUCAUCGAGAAUGAAGAAGGAGUACCGGUUCCCGGGUUUGAUUUCCCAAAGUUAACCUCCCUCCAGCUUGAGCAUCUGACAGAGUUGAUGUGCCUCUACGACAGAGCACAUACUUCCCAUUGGCCGGCAUUAAAGACCUUGAGGGUAGAUGGCUGUAACAAAGUAGAGAUACUUGCUUCCCAAUUUGAGAAUGAGAUGCCACGUCAUAAACAGCCUCUCUUCUCGAUAGAAAAGACUGCAUUCCCCAAUCUCCAAGAGGUCAAAUUGGAUUUAUGCGAACGGAUGGAGAUAUGGCAUGGGGAUUUUCAUGAUGAGGAAUUCUUUUGCAAGCUUAGUGUUCUUGAGCUUCGUCAUCUCUCCAGGGAAUCCGCAACAUCCACAAGUCGUUUUAUUGAGAGUUUAACCAACUUGGAAGAGCUAGUCGUACGUGAAUCUUAUCUAGAAGAGCCAAGCAACAAUGUGGAAGCCAUGGAAGGCCCUAGUCAAGAGCAAAAAGUAAUAUUAUCCUUUUCAAGACAAAUUAAACAUUUGAAGACUCUAAAUGUGUCGGAUUGUGAUGGGUUAUCAAGUAUGUUUACACCGACAAUAGUUGAAAAUUUGGUGGCUCUCACAAAAUUGAGGAUAAGUAAUUGUAGGAUAUUAACAGAAGUUGUUAGUGACAAGGGAAGUAAGGAGGGGCACAAAGUGGCUUUCCAUCAUUUGAAAUGUAUGGAGCUUGAUGGGUUGAUAGAGUUGAAAUGUUUUAGCUCAGGUGGAUGCGCUUUAAUAUUCCCUCUAUUGGAAGAUGUCAUUGUGAAUGGAUGUCCCAUCAUGAAGUUCUUCUCCGAGGGGCCAAUAGAGGCACCAAAGCUGGAUAGAGUAAAAGCGACGGUUGUUAAGGCUAAGUUUGUGCGGCUGUUUGAGUUGCCCGAGCUCGUUGGGAAGUGGCACAACGAACAUAAUCCCAUCAAUUCAUCUUGGCAAUUACAAGCCCUAGUGGUGGAUAAGUGUCCAUCAUUUAUUAAUGCCAUGCCAUUCAAAUUGAUGCUUGUUUUGGAGAAAAUGACUAGCUUGCAAGUGCACGAUUGCAAGUCUUUGGAAGAAAUCUUCGAUCUCGAAGGGCUUGAGCCGGUGGAAAGCAUUCGGGUGCUACCUCGCUUAGAGAAUUUGAAUUUCAUCAAUCUACCAAAGUUGAGGCAACUAUGGAACAAAGAUCUUCAAGGAAUGAUGCGCUUCAAUUCUCUAUCUUCUCCGACUCUUUCUAAAUGCGGCAACCUAAGACAUGCUUUCACUCCAUCGAUGGCUUGGUGCCUUGCCAAUCUAGAAUAUGUGGAAAUAAGGGAGUGUGAUCGGAUGGAAGGAGUGAUCGAAGAGGAAGAAGGGCGGGGAAGCGCAGUGGAGAAGAUUUCAUUCCCGAGGCUCGGGCAAAUGACAUCGAAACGGUUGCCCAAUUUGACUAGUUUCCUAUCGGGAAAGAAUCACAAGCUGGAUUGUCCCGAAUUAUAUUAUCUGAAGAUUGCCCACUCCCCCAAAAUGAGAAGUUUGACAUGGCAGUCUUCAUUGGAUAUUGACCAUAACACGCCUUCACUUUUCACUCCACGGGUACAAUUUCCUGGGAUUGCGCAGAUGGCUCUCUCUCACAUGGACAAUUUAUGCAAAAUAUGGACUGACAAUCCUCUAGAAACUCUCACUUUUGACUCCCUUUGGGAAGUGAAGGUCAAAAACUGCGAGAGCCUUGAAAAUCUCUUUCCGCAUUGGGUGGCUACAAGUCUAACCCAACUUAAGCGACUUCGUGUGGAGUCUUGUAGGAUCGAGGAAAUAGUUGCUAAUGGAGAUGACACUCCACACUCCAACAUUGCUCAAGUUCUUUUUCGGAAGCUAACCUCUCCGGUGUUACAUGAUAUGCCACGACUCAAGACCUUCCGCCCUAACUUGCCCACUUUGAAUUGGCCAUUUUUGGAGGAAUUGCGAGUGACUCACCGUGAUAAAGUGAACAUGUUAUCUUUUGCAGCAUCCAUGAACAAAUGGACUCGGAGAAAUGAUCAACGGGAUCUUUUAAACCAAGAAGCACACUCUUCGUUUGAGGGGGUAUGA